CAAAAGGGAACUCGAGCUUUAGGCGGGAACCGCCUCCCCGGGCAGGCUCCGGCCUGCGGCCUCGACUGCCGCCCUGGUUGGCCCAGGAGAAGGGCGGAGUUCAGGAGGCGGAGAGGCGCGGCGAGACGAGCGGGGCCCUCUUGCUCCGGAGUGAAGUCCACUUCCUUGCAGGGAGGGGAGCUGCGAGGGCGACGGCAGCAGCAGCAGCAGCAGCAGCAGCAGAGAGUGACCUGGGACGGUGGAAUACACCUUUUUAAAGAUGCCUUCGCUGAAGGGCAAAGUCCAGACUGUUUUGGGCCUUGUUGAGCCUAGCCAGCUUGGCUACACGAUGACCCACGAGCACUUGACAAUGGAUUACACCUGCUGUUACUACCCACCUCCUUCAGGCCAAGAAGCACUCUCUGAAACAUCCAUUGAGAUGAAGAACUUGUUUUGGCUGAAACAGAAUCCCUACAGCCACAAAGAGAACCUCCUCCUGCAUCAAGAAACAAGUGCUGUGAAGGAAGAACUGCUGCAAUUCAAAGCUGCAGGUGGUGGGACCAUAGUGGAAAAUACAACCACAGGGAUAAGAAGAGACAUGAAGACCCUAAAGCAGCUUGCGAAAGAAACCGGUGUCCAUAUUAUUGCUGGUGCUGGCUUUUAUGUGGGUGCCACUCAUUCUCCUGAAACACAAGCAAUGUCUGUGGAGCAGCUGACAGAGGUUAUAGUUAAUGAAAUUCUCAAUGGAGCUGAUGGAACCGACAUAAAGUGUGGGGUCAUAGGAGAAGUUGGCUGCUCAUGGCCUCUGACAGAAAGUGAAAACAAAGUACUACAAGCAACGGCACAUGCUCAGUCACAGCUUGGCUGCCCUGUCAUCAUCCACCCUGGCAGGAACAGUGAUUCACCUUUCCAGAUCAUUCGAAUUUUGCAGGAAGCUGGAGCUGAUACCUCAAAAACCGUCAUGUCUCACAUGGACAGGACUAUAUUUGAUGAGAAGAAACUGUUGGAGUUUGCUGAGCUUGGAUGCUACUUAGAGUACGACCUCUUUGGAACAGAAUUCAUUUUGUACCAAAUGAAUCCUGAUAUCGAUAUGCCAAGUGACAAUGAAAGAAUUUUAAGGGUUCGGAUGUUGAUUGAUGAAGGCUAUGAAGACAGAGUUUUGCUUGCUCAUGACGUGCACACAAAAAAUAGGUUGAAGAAAUAUGGGGGUCAUGGAUAUUCUCACAUACUUGAAAACAUAGUACCAAAAAUGUUAAUCAGAGGCAUAUCGCAAGAAAAGAUUGAUAAGCUAUUGGUAGGAAAUCCCAGACGAUGGUUGACUUUUGAGUAGGGAGUUCAAAGUAUUGCUAAGUAUUUGCUUCUGUGAAACUGGAAAUUUGAAACCUAAAUUCUAAAGAAAACUAAAGAAAACUAAAGUCCUACAAAUCUGGCGUCUUAAGAGUAGGAUAAGCCAUAGUAUACCUUCUGUUUGUGUCCAGGUCCCUUCAGAUACAGGGAGUGGGGGCAGUUACACAGCUUCGCUAAAGGGCAAUUUUUAUCUGUAAUAAGUAUUUGCUUGGCAAGUAUGGUAGAAUUGUAUAGCUCUGUUCCACAUACUAUUUCUAAAAUCACCACAAA